AUGUCGGGCUCAGAACCUUUCCCGCUGUUGAACACAGCAAACGAUCAGCUACACCAGCGUCAUCAAGCUACCUCGUCGUCGUCGGUCAGCAACACCACAGCCACCCAGGACGCCAUCAACAACGCCCGGAAGCGACGCAAGAGCAGCGCUUUGGGGGGCGAGAUUCGAGGUGACACGGGUGCUCCGGCAUUGGCUUCCAGUCGUGCCAGCCUCGAAGCCACCGACAACCACUCAAACGUUUAUUCCGAUGGCCGAAAGCGCCUCUCUAAAAGACGCCGUGCUCGUGGCCUCAUCGCUCGUGCGAAACAGACCAUGAUCAAGCACACAUUCGUCCUUCCUGCCGUCCUCCUCGCCUUCUUCCUCGUUGGAUACGCCAUCAAUCCUACCGAAUCCAAUCCCAUUCACCACUUCAUAUUCCUCUCCUACAAGCUACCACAAGGGGAUCUCAAUGAGCCCGCUCACUACGGAAAGGGCCGCUGGGAUGUCGCCUUCGUCGCUUUCUAUACAAUUGUCUUGUCCUUUACUCGCGAGUUUAUUAUGCAGGAGCUUCUUUCGCCCUUGGCUCGUUACUAUGGCCUCAGCCGCGGCAAGAAGGCUCGUUUCAUGGAGCAGGUCUACACUGCUAUCUACUUCGGUGUCCUUGGCCCCGUUGGUCUAUGGGUCAUGAGCCACACUCCCGUAUGGUACUUUAACACCUACGGCAUGUACGAUGGCUUCCCCCACCUAACUCAUCAGGGUCCUGUCAAAUUCUACUAUCUUUUCCAGGCAGCCUACUGGGCUCAGCAGGCUAUUGUUCUUCUCCUUGGUAUGGAGAAGCCUCGCAAGGAUUUUAAGGAACUUGUUGGUCAUCACAUUGUUACCCUUGGACUCAUUGGCCUGAGCUACCGCUUCCAUUUCACUUACAUCGGCCUGGCUGUCUAUGUCACCCACGACAUUAGUGACUUCUUCCUGGCAACUUCCAAAACGCUCAACUACAUUGACUCUCCUCUCGUGGGCCCUUAUUUCGGAGUCUUCAUGAUCGCUUGGAUCUACCUGCGUCACUACCUCAACCUCAAGAUCAUCUGGUCUCUCUUUACCGAAUUCGAGACUGUCGGUCCCUUUGAACUGAACUGGGAUACCCAGCAGUACAAGUGCCGUAUUGCCCAGGUCAUUACUGCCACUCUCUUGUGUUCUCUUCAAGCCCUGAACCUCUUCUGGCUGUUCUGUAUCGUCCGAAUUGCCUGGCGAUUUGUCAGCCAGAACGAUCUCCAAGAUGACCGAUCCGAGGAUGAGGACGAUGGUGACAUGGAGGAGGACGAGGGGGCCGCUACUGGCUCCAAGGCCAAUAGCUUCACGAACGGACAUGCCAACAGUAGGUCUUCGGCAGAUGCGAAGAACUAA